GGGUUUGGAUUGCUGAAAGUGACGUAUUGUCAGACUGUGACUAUUAUGAAGGUUAUGAAGAUGUGACUCAAUUAUAAGCGACACGAAUUAAGCGUUAACGUGACUUCCUCUACAGGCUAUACAGUUUGGCUGUGGUGGCGCCGAUGGUUUGUUCUGAGACCGUGGCUAGAAGUCGGAAGGAGUGGGAGGAAAGGCCAUGUUGCUGAGCCUCCCAGUGGCUUCGCUUCGUCGUCGCAAUGGGUUGCUGGCCCUCGUGAUUGUAGUGUUUGUGCCAUGUAGUGUCCUGGUGCUCAUCUCUGGGCCAGACUUGAGCCAGGAGCAAGCACUGGUGCAAAGGUUGGCAGAACUGCAGGCAAAGCUGCAGCGCCUGGAAUCAAUGCAUCAGGCUCGCCAGGAGGAAGUGCACAUUCUGUCCCAGCACCUAGGCACGCUUCUAGCUGCAGAGGGUAACAGCAGUUUUGUCUAUCUGCCGCUCAACCCUGAGGUGAGAGUGUUACUUCGCAAUCUCACAGGAGUGCAACGAGGGGAUUCCACCCAACUGCUGCGUCCUCCAUCAGUGUACCAUUUCCUGCCCCAUCUGCUGCAGAAUCCAUCCAGCCUCCGCCCAGCUUACUGUCUCUCCAGGGGGCGUACUGGAGUAUCGGUGGUGCUUGGUAUCCCAACUGUGAAACGCGAGGUGCAGAGCUAUCUGUUGGCAACAUUGCAGAAUCUCAUUGACAGCAUGAAUGAAGAGGAGGCGGCAGAUUCACUCAUAGUGAUUUUCAUAGCAGAGGUUGACCAGGAAUAUGUUCUACAAGUCGCGAAGCAAAUAGAGGCCCAGUUUACUGAGCAGGUGGAGUCUGGAUUGAUAGAGGUGAUCUCACCUCCAGCAUCCUACUACCCGGACAUGGAGAACCUACGGGAGACACUUGGUGAUCCUCCUGACAGAGUUCGGUGGCGAACGAAGCAGAAUCUUGACUUUGCUUUUCUCAUGAUGUACUCUCAGCCGAAGGCCACAUUCUAUGUUCAACUAGAAGAUGACAUUCUGGCUAAGAAAAACUUCAUCUCUACGAUGAAGAACUAUGCCCUUCAGAAAAUUUCAGAGAAGUCUCCGUGGUUUGUCCUGGAAUUCUGCCAGCUUGGCUUCAUUGGAAAGAUGUUCAAGUGUGUAGAAUUGCCAUGGCUUGUCCAGUUCUUCCUCAUGUUCUACAAUGACAAACCAGUGGACUGGCUGUUAGAUCACAUGAUACACACGAAGAUCUGCAGUCUUGACAAGGACAGUAAACAUUGCAAGAAAGCCAAGUCGCAAUUGUGGAUUCAUUACAAACCUUCUCUUUUCCAACACAUUGGCACUCAUUCAUCACUGAAAGGGAAGGUUCAGAAACUAAAGGACAAACAGUUCGGGAAGGUGGCACUGUUCUUCCCGCACAAGAAUCCAGAUGCUAUGGUCGAGUCAGCCAUCAAGCACUACAAACAAUACAGUCUCACCCGCGCAUAUCUAGGGGAAACAUUCUUUUGGGGCCUGCUGCCCCAACCAGGGGACCAUUUGGUCUUCACAUUCACCACACCAAUUUUAAUAAAACACUACCUGUUUCGGAGUGGCAAUGCUGAACAUCCUUCUGAUCGUUUCUACAAUACCUCGGUAGAAGUCCUGCCAAUGUCUAGUCAUACAAGCUUGAGUAGGAUUGACUACAAUGCAACCAGCGAUGGCUUCGUCAUUAUAGGUAAAUUUGAUGCAAUGGGGGUGGCUGAGGGAGCGAUAGAUCCACAACUUGGAGCUAUCAAAGUGUUGCGGCUCAACGUGCACAGCGAAAGUGAGAAUUGGGCCAUCCUGAGUGAGAUCCACAUCAGUGCCAGCUGACAUAGGCCCAGUGAUCAACAACCCUCCACCAGACUGACAAAUUAUUGGAACAGUACUCCAAUAGCAUUAAAUUAACUUGAGCUGUGAUAACUUUUUAUACAGCAAGCACCUACAUAACUGGCACUGAUAGCUGUGCCAUAUUUUAUAAUACAGUUUUGGAAAGUUUCAUUCUAUAUGGUACAACAAGGUCUUGAUGCUUCACUGACAUUAUAUUGACAUGCCGUCGCCAUCCUCAGGGUUUGUUCUAAUUGUGAGGGUUUGUUGUAUGUAAUGUGCUCUGAACAUUGUAACCAAGAAGGACAUGAAUUCUGCAGUCUCAAACAUGGCAUUCCAAUGUCUGUGUUCUUCUUGAACCCAAAACCCAGUGGUUUUUUUUUUCAUGUGAGUUAUGCCAUGAUGCUCUCACUACCAGGGCUGUGUUGUGUUGAAUGGUAGAAUGAUUGUUGGGCUGAAAACUAUUUGGAAGGAGGUGCUCAUGACCUAAUUGAGGUACUAUCCUAGCAUUUGCCUGAAGGGACUGAGGAAACCUUUGAGAAACCUUAUCCAGGAUAUCCAGAAUUCCAGCCAAGAUUCAAACAGAGUGCAUCUCACAUGUUAGUGUAGAAUUUUACCAGUAUGCCAGUGUAUUCACAUUGCCAAACAUUACAGUGUAGCAUUUCAUAUCUUGGAGGUUCAAAUCUCAGACCAGAGAUUGGUUUUCCAUGCAAGUGCUGGGAUGGUAGUUUAAAAUAAACUAUAGGUGUUUCCAUCUAUGUCCUCUCAAAUUCAUCAUUCAUAAUGGCCUCAUCACUUUACGUAUGCAUUCAUAAAAGGCAUUAAAUAUACAAAUGAAUGAGAGUUGCUCGAUGAAGUGACCUGAACCGGUUCAGUGAUAUACCUGGAGGGGCAUUGCUCACGUCCAAGCGUGGGUGUCAUUGGCUCUAUUUGCUGAGUUUUCUGUAUGGUUUUCCACAACAGCAAGCGGCUUAACAAUAAGAAAGAUUACUGUCUCUUGGGAUGUGACACUGUGUAGUCUGGUAGAUCAUACCCAACAGGAGGAAUCUGCUGUCUUCCACCAGAGUCCACGGUAGAAGUGAAUGAAAAGAGGGGUUUCAACUCAACAGAAAGGGGGCCCAAUCUGGUACACAGAUCAGACAGGCAGGCUGCAAUUGAAGCACUUGGCAAAUACCAGAUCACCUCAAAACUGGUCUGGGAGUGCCACCAAUCUCUCAUACAGCUGGCCAGACAUAACAGCAUUCAACUGAUAUGAUUGUCAAGUCAUGAGGGUACCGUUGGUGAUGAAAUGGCAGACCAGUUGGCAAGAACAGGAUCUGAACAUUCAUUCAUAUAGCCUGAACCAGAUUGCGACAUCUCAGUUGGAGUUGCCAAGAAAUCAGUCGGACUGGAGGAACAGAAAUCGUAAUAAACAGUGGCAAUCCAUAACUGGACUCAAACAGGCAAAGGGACUUAGUGCCCUCUGCUAGAAGAAUGAAGGAUCUGUUAGAAUUAAACAGAUACCAAUUAAGAUGGGUGGUAUGAGUAUUUAGAGGACACUGUCAACUAAAAGGACACCUUUCCAAACAGGGAUUAACAGAUGAUCCAAUUUGUGAAUGGUGCCUAGAGAAAGGUGAAUCAGCCACACAUCCUGUGUGAAUGUCAGGCCUUAGCUUAAUUAAGAUUUCAUCAUGUGGGCCAGAUCUUUGUGGAACCAAGUGACUACUAAGUCACUACAUACAAAGUCAUACAUUUCAUUCAAAGUGUAGAAUUGAUAAAAGGUUUAAUCAAAAAGGGGAAGCACAAUAUAUCAUUUAAGAUUGCAGUGCAAGGGCUGCAUUAUUAUGGGCCACCCCUUAUGCGUUCAUUCAUCAAUUCUUUUGUUCAGCCUGCAGCCCUCAUCUCCCCUGAAAUAUUGGUAACAGUCUACCUGCUGUACAGUGCCACAUCCCAGAACACAGUAACUUCAUAGUCACUGCCAUGAGAACAUCAGAAUUCACUGGUGCAUAAUAAGUCUGAUUAUCUCAUUGAUGCUUCCUGCACUUGUCUUCCCCAUUUCACCAUACAUAAUCAUCAUCCCAUCUUAAUUUAUAUUAUGUAACCUCAGAAAUUCAUACAGAAUCAUUAAUUAAGCAGUAGACAUGCAUGUCUGAAUCAUUUGAUCAUCAGAGUAUGUAUAGGCUCAUGGUAGAAUGUUCCAUUUUUCCUCAGAUUUUAUGCUGCCAUUUCUGUUUUUUCUGCCAAUGAGACUAGCAUACAUUGUAGCUGGAACUACUGUCACUGAAGACAUCAGGGAGGGAUGAAACCACCUGAUACCACAGUACAUACUGUAAUAGAAAUAUGAAAGGCAGUUACGAUUCUUGAAGAGCUACAUCAUGUGGACACCAUGUCAGUAGAUCACUGGAAGGGACCAGAGUUAAAAGUUUGACAGAACUGCACACAAUUUACCACCUGUGGUUUCUGUGGCAAUAUUUGCAUGAACAGGAUCCUGGCCCAGCUUGUAUUUGUGUACUGUGCAGGCACAGGUAUGCUGGAUAUGAUCUCAGAGGCUGUUGUGGCAGAACACUGUCACCAGACUCACCUUCAAUAAUUGGGUGAUAACAGGGCAAGGCAUUUUGCAACCGUGUCUAAAUUACAUAUACUGUGUAUAUAUAGUAGCUUCCCAGUUAUCUGGGGCGGGUGGGAAAUUAAUUUCCCCAGGUAAUAGAAACCCCAGAUAGUCAGUAAAAGGGAUACAAAAUUAAUUGUGAACUAGAAUUUGUAAAACAGCACAUACUUUUAUAAGUGUAUUUUACUAGAAUGCUAUUGGUAGAAAUAUGAGUAUGGUUUCUGGGAAUUUCCUACACUGUUUCUAUAUGUUAAAAUGAAGAACCAUACAAAGAAAGCCUUUCCAUAUUCAAAUGUGAAAUAAAACUCCAUUUUAUACCUGUUCCUUUUAAAAUAGGAAUUUCUUAGGAAGUUCAUCUUUUGACAAUGGACACACCAGUCAAUUUUCUAAACAAAGCCCAGGGUAAUUAAUCUCUCCCCCAGCUAAUCAGGAGUCUAUUGCAUAGUGUUUUAUUCCAAAUGUAUAUUUGUGUUUGCGGUCAUUCAAGUACAUUUCAGAUGGUCUUCCUGGAUGUGAUGCUUUGUGGUUUGUUAGAUACCAGUAUUUCAGAAGAUUUUGUUCUGUCUUAGGACCUAUUUAUCCACCAAACUAAACUGUGUUACUGCCAUGAGAAUAUUAUAUCUCAAGGUAGGACUUGGCUUAUUGUACAGGAUGCUGGUCAAACAAACUUGCUGUUUUUGGCAGGUAGUGAUGUAUCCAUUCGUAUGUUUGUUUGUUGCUCAUAAUGAGAUUUAAACCUCAAAGAAAACAGUUUUAGUUUAUUCUCAUGAUGGGAUUUUAUGCUCAGAAUUUCUGGACUAUGUCUAGUGUCUAAUAUUCUGAACAGAACAUGGUGUUUUCAAAACUGGGUCUCUUUCUGUUCUUCAUUUCUAAUAGACCAAACUGAGUAGGUGCCUUCCUAUAUUUGUUCCCAUGGAUUGAAAUGGAUCCAGUUUCUGAAAUGUGUUCUCUUCAGAAUAAUUUAUAACAGACAAAGUCCAGGAAUCCAGUUGCCCUAAGCAUAACAAGAGAGCUAGAAUGAUAUAUAGGUUUGUUCAUUGGCCUAUUCCUUGUGACCCUUUCCUUUUCUUUAUCUCCUUAGUUACACUUUAAAAAAUUGUACUAGAAUAGACCAAGGAAAUAUUUCUGUUGAUACAAAUUGAGUUCUUUUAUUUUUCUUCCUCCUAAUGGGGAGGGGAAAGAGAUUAUUUUUAUGAUGCUGACAGUACCUGAACUAUAUAGUGUUCAAAGACAAGAUGAAUUGGAAAGAAUUUGGAUGGAAGUUGGUGGCCUAAUCACAUACUGUCUUAGCAUGUACCUUCAGGGACCAAGGAAAGCCAUGAAGAACAGUUGGAAUAGACAGUGGCCCACCUGAGUUUCAAACCAAACACCACCAGAAUUCAAGUCUAGA